CCCGGGCCCAGCGACCGCCCCCGCCGCCCAGCGACCGCCCGGGCCCUCGGGGGCGGGGACCACGGACCUUCCUGGUGGCGCGGCAGCCGGGCGGCUCCUCCUUCCCCCGGCCCUGGCGUGGAGCAGAGGGACACAGGUUUCCACGCUGGCGCCCGGAGACCGGGUGGGGCUGCGGAGGGGCCUCAGGAAAAUCGGGGUUGCCCAGCUGGGUCCGCAGCUCCCCCCAGUUCUGAGGGAGGCUUCAGGGGAUUACAGACGGUCCCAAGAGGGAGGCCCAGCCAGUCCCGGGGCCCCUGAAUCCCCAUCAGGCCGCUCAGGCCCAGCGGCAUUUCCAUGGAGGACGCCGGCGAGGACCCCACCACGUUUGCUGCACACUCUCUGCCCAGUGACCCCCGUCUCUUGGCCACUGUGACCAACGCAUACCUGGGCACACGAGUAUUUCAUGACACGCUGCACGUGAGCGGCGUGUACAAUGGGGCUGGCGGGGACACCCACCGGGCUGUGCUGCCCAGCCCCCUCAACGUCUGGCUGGAGGCCCCUGCAGGGAUGCGGGAGCGGCUGACCGAGACCUUUGCCCUAGACACCAACACAGGCUCCUUUCUUCACACUCUGGAGGGCCCCCACUUCCGGGCCUCGCAGUGUAUCUAUGCGCACCGCACACUGCCCCACGUCCUGGCUUUCCGUGUGUCCAUCGCCCGCCUGUCCCCGGGGAGUGGGCCCAUCACGCUGCUGCUGCCCUCAGCCUUCUCCCCGGAAAGCCCAGACCUGGACCUGCACCAGGGUCCUGACUUCCAAGGAGCCCGGUACCUGUAUGGCCACACCCUCACGCCUGAGCAGCCCGGGGGGCCACAGCAGGAGGUACACAUGCUGUGGACACCAGCACCCCCAGACCUGACCCUUGGGGAAGGUGAGGAGGAUAGGACAUGGGACUUCCUGACGGUGGUGGGCAGCAGCCAGGCUGAGGCUCAGGCCUGCCUCACUGAGGCCCUGCAGCUGCAGGCCAGGGGAGCUCUGUACACGGCUCACGCACAGGCCUGGGCCCAACUCUGGGCAGAAUGUGGCUUGGACAUGGUGGGGCCCCUGCCGCUGCGCCAGGCCCUGCGUGGCUCCCUCUACUACCUGCUCAGUGCCCUACCCCAGCCCAAGGCCCCAGGAUACAUCUGCCAUGGCCUCAGUCCUGGGGGCCUCUCCAAUGGGAGCCGUGAGGAAUGCUACUGGGGCCACGUCUUCUGGGACCAGGACCUCUGGAUGUUCCCGAAUAUCCUGAUGUUCCACCCCGAAGCUGCUAGGGCCAUCCUGGAGUACCGCAUCCGCACGCUGGGCGGGGCCCUGGGGAAUGCCCAGAACCUGGGCUACCAGGGAGCCAAGUUUGCCUGGGAGAGUACAGGCUCCGGCCUGGAGGUUUGCCCUGAGGACAUUUACGGAGCCCAGGAGGUCCAUGUCAACGGGGCCGUGGUGUUGGCCUUCGAGCUGUACUACCAUACCACCCAGGACCUGCAGCUCUUUCGAGAGGCUGGUGGCUGGGACGUGGUCAGGGCUGUAGCCGAGUUUUGGUGCAGUCGUGUGGAGUGGAGCCCCAGGGAGGAGAAGUACCACCUGAGGGGAGUCAUGUCCCCCGACGAGUACCAUUCAGGGGUCAACAACUCUGUGUACACCAACGUCCUGGUCCAGAACAGCCUGCGCUUUGCUGCUGCCCUGGCCCAGGACCUGGGUCUGCCCGUCCCCAGCCAGUGGCUGGCAGUGGCUGACAAGAUCAAGGUACCCUUCGAUGUGGAGCAGAACUUCCACCCGGAGUUCGAUGGGUAUGAGCCUGGAGAGGUGGUGAAGCAGGCAGAUGUCGUGCUCCUGGGAUACCCCGUCCCCUUCUCCCUGAGUCCUGAUGUUCGCAGGAAAAACCUGGAGAUUUACGAGGCUGUGACAUCCCCCCAGGGCCCCGCCAUGACCUGGAGCAUGUUUGCUGUGGGCUGGAUGGAGCUGAAGGACACAGCACGGGCCCGGGGCCUCCUGGACAGGAGCUUUGCCAGCAUGGCUGAACCCUUCAAGGUGUGGACGGAGAAUGCAGACGGGUCAGGUGCUGUGAACUUCCUGACAGGCAUGGGGGGCUUCCUGCAGGCGGUGCUCUUCGGGUGCACGGGGUUCAGGGUCACCCGAGCAGGUGUGACCUUUGACCCUGUGUGUCUGUCGGGGAUCUCCAGAGUGAGCGUCUCUGGCAUCUUCUACCAGGGGAACAAGCUCAACUUCUCUUUCUCCGAGGACUCCGUGACCGUGGAGGUCACAGCCCGAGCAGGGCCCUGGGCUCCCCACCUGGAGGCUGAGCUGUGGCCGUCCCAGGCCCGCCUCUCCCUGUUGCCAGGACACAAGGUCUCCUUUCCCCGCUCGGCUGGCCAGAUACAAAGGUCACCCGCGAGUCUGCCUGGGACUUGCAGCUCCGAGUUCCCUGGGAGGACUUUUUGAAGACAUUGGGUACCUGCUCCAGAGCCGCAGGGCCCCCUCUGGGUCACCCUUGGUCCCUCCAGCCCCACUGAGUCACUCACCGUGGACCCUGCCCCUGAACAAUCAGGAACGUUGGCUUCAGAGAUGCCUCUUCCUUCCCUCUGGCCACUCCUGCACCCACUCCUCCUGGGCACCCUCCUAGCCUGCCACCCCUCACCUGCAGCCAGGCUCUCAGGGAAGGUCCAUGCUGCUUGGCCUGAGUUCAAGGCUUUCUGCCUGUGGCCUGGACCCCGUGGACCCCCGUGGGCAGGUAGCUUCCCCGUGGCAUCCCCACGCCGCCUCUGCCUGCCCCUGUGGACUGAUGCUGUCACGCACCGUCCCAUGGCACCACCCCGAGCUCCUGAAGCCAGGGUCUGAGCCGACAUCACCUCUGGCCUCUCAUCCCCUACUCUCCUGAGAGCCGUGGUCACAGUGGCCGGCUGCUCUGCUGAGAAGGCAGAGAGGCAGGUGCAGGCCUCAGGGGGGACAGCAGGGAUAAGGGCACGAAGGAAGGGGACUCGGCCCCCUUCAGAAUUGCUCCGGACUCUCAGGUGCAGCUUUGCCAAAAAGGAACUUUUCACGCCAUGCGGCUGUGGGACUUAGUCCCAGUCCCAGGCUCCUCUUGACUCUGGGCAGCUGUAAUCAGGUGGGGCGGCCUCUGCCACAGCGUGGGGUGGGACGGCUGUCUUUCCUCAACCACGCAGCUUGUGAGGACAGGGUGGGGGAGUGGGAAGUGGGAAGUCACCAGAGAACCGGAGAGGGAUUUGAGAGCGAGACCCCAGCGCUCUCCACAGACCAGCCAGAGGGGCUGGAGCCAGACGUGCAUGGGUUCAAGGCCCUGGCCCUGCCCAGCUUCUGUCUCGGGGCCUCAGUUCCAGUUUCCCAAGAACAAGAUGUGAUGGCAUCUGCCGCUGAAACCCUGAUGAGGACCAGCCCCCUGCUCUGCUGUCAGCCUGAGGAAUUAAAGCUUUGGUGCUGGGAAGAGCAUUAUUCCUCUGA